AUGCAAGUCCUUAGCACUCUUGCAAUCCUGCCCAGUGUGGCGCUGGCCGCCGUCCUGCCCGCUGCUCUUCAGAGCGGCACCAAGGUGGCCAAGCGCGACUCGUGGGGAGGCAGUGUCUCGCUGGGUCCCACCAAGUCCGACAUCAUCAAUGCGGUGACCACCCUCAUCCCCGGAACCGCCCCUGCCACCCAGAACGGAGAGCUCUUCCUCUGGCCUGGUAUGAGCAACGGCACUGGAGAUCUCAUCCAGACCACCAUGGAGAGCUGGCCCAGCAACGCCUGGUGCGGUGCCGCCACGGGUCAGUGGUGUGUGCGCGCCAGUAUCUUCGGUUCCUUCGGCCAGCUCGAUGGCACUGGUUCCGCUGUCAGUGGCGACGAUCACGUUCGCAUCGAAUACAACUUGCUGUCGGAUGAUAACACCUGGGUGCAGACGGUCACCAAUGCUGUGACUGGUGCCGCACUGUCUAAUUACUCCUACGCUUCGGGUCCUUACAUGACUGGCUAUGGAACAGGCACCGAGUGCGACUCAGACUGCACGGGCACGGUGGCUGCUCAGGUCUACCUCAACACCACCAUCACCCUCCGUGAGGCCGACACUACCUUUGGCGAUACCAUUGCGACUGGCGCCGGCGCCACCUACACCGGCCUGAGCUCGAGUGACGGUGGUAAGGUGUGGACCAUCGCGACCAUCAACAUCCCCGCCAUGGGAUCGGAGACCGCCGUCGCCUCAUCCACCUCUGCCGCCACCGCCCACUCGACCCCCGUUGAGACUGCUGUCGUCGAGGUGGAAGAGCCCAGCACUGUUGCCACGGCUGUUGCGACCUCUUAUGCCUCUGCCUCUGCCGCUUUCGGUAAUGACGCGGACGCUGCUUCCUCCGCCUCGCCCUCAGGACAGCGCUCUGGCCAUGCAUUCGGUGGUGCUCCCAAGCCCAGCCAGAGUGUCGGCGCUGCGCCUUCCGGUGCUUUCGGUCAGGGCUUCGGCUCUGGACCUCGUCCUUCGAAUGCUGCUCCCUCCGGUGCU